AUGACAUUGUUUGUCAGGUCCCAUUACUGGUCAGAUGCAGAGAUCCGUUUUCUUAUCACCACAUGGAAGGAUCAUCAUCCCAUCAGCAAGAGACAUAAUGCCACUGUGCGAGAAUCCAUUGCAAAACAACUAACUAGUCUGUUGAAAGAACAGAGGAUUACCUUCAUUCGCACAGCAUCCGUGUACAAGUCUAAGAUAAAGAAUUUAGAAGAUCAAUACAAACGUGUGAAGAACCAUAAUAACAAAAUUGGGAAUAAUCGGUAAACUUCCACAUAUUGUGAAGAUUUAAAUGAGAACGACUCUUGGUUCAACAACGCUUGAACUCUGGUGCUGAGCCAUGGCUACUGUUGGUAAAUCUGAUUGGGCAAAUGUGGGCUAUAGCUGCCAAAUUAAAAUACUGGGUUGCUGUGCCAAAAUUACGCCGAAAGCCGUGAUUGAAUGUGGGUUUCAAGACGACAAGCUGCCCAUUAAUAUCUCCCCCUCAUAUUCUGGUGGGAAAUCUACCCUUACAACGCCAGUACCAGAGGAAGAGCUAUCAGACUUUAGCGUCGGAGACGAAGAGGAUCAAUCCCUUUUAAAAACGUCUUUUAAGGCAUAA